GUCCAUGCAUUUAAAUCUGAAGAUCUUUUGGAUCAUGUACCAGAAAAUCUACCAACAAACUGGAUUCUUUACGUCUCUUUCCAAUAUCUAAAAAAUUGUGGGCCGAAUUUUCGUACUGUUAUUCAGUAUGAUAAAGUUAAUAAUAAAAUUUGUUUCACCAUUUAUGAUGAAUUCAGUAUAAGCCUUAGCAACUAUGAUAAAUUAAAAAAAGAAUAUUUACUCCAUUGGUGUAUUCUUCCUGAAGAUUGUAAAGUUUUAGCUGAUGUUCUUAAGGAUAGAAAGGUCUUAAUAGAUGUUCUUCCCAACAAUAAAAACUUAGCUACAAUUCUUGAAAAUCAAGAAAUUUUAACUAUUUUGUCUCCUGAAAAUCAAGAUAUUUUUCCGGAAGAAAGAUUUAAUUUGAGCUCAAUUGGCCAAGGUAAUGUAACCUAA